CGCAGGCUGCGUGGCUUCCCGAGAACAAAACGGAGCUGCCAACUUUGUUGCAUUGUUGUUGCGCGUUUAAGCUCGAAGCCCGCGACGCGGACAAAUGGCUCAAACGUUUCCCAGCGGUUUAGGACGCGGUAGAGUUUUGACCUCGGAGGGCGGAUUUGUCUAAAACUGUGCCACAACUUCAAACAGAUCAACGACGGAACAAGUUGGAGCCGAGAUAAAGGAUUCCGGAUCGGCUCGGCGCCUAUCAAGGUCAAGAUGUCUGUCAGUAACCACGAAAACAGAAAGUCUCGCUCUAGUUCCGGCUCCAUGAAUAUCCAGCUCUUCCACAAGACGUCCCACGCGGACAGCCUGUUGACUCAGCUCAACCUGUUGCGCAAGCGGAAAGCCUUCACAGAUGUUGUCCUGAAGGCUGGAAACCGAUCCUUCCCCUGUCACCGGGCCGUCCUGGCCUCCUGUAGCCGAUACUUUGAGGCCAUGUUCAGUGGUGGGCUCAGGGAGAGUCGGGACGCUGACGUCAACUUCCACGACUCUCUCCACCCGGAGGUGCUGGAGCUCUUGCUUGACUACGCCUACUCGGCCCGAGUCAUCAUUAAUGAGGAAAAUGCAGAGUCGCUCCUGGAGGCCGGCGACAUGCUUCAAUUUCACGACAUCCGGGACGCAGCAGCGGAGUUUCUAGAAAAGAACCUCCACCAGUCGAACUGUCUGGGGAUGAUGCUGCUGUCGGAUGCCCACCAGUGCCAGAGACUGUACGAGCUGUCGUGGAGGAUGUGCCUGGCAAACUUUGCCACUCUCUUCAAGACAGAGGACUUUCUCAGCCUGCCCAGAGACAAAGUCCAGGAGCUGAUCCUCAGCGAGGAACUGGAGGUGGAGGACGAGAGCCUGGUGUACGAGGCUGUAAUCGACUGGGUCAAAGCUGACAUGGAGCGCAGGCACAGUGAGCUGCCCGAGCUGCUGCGCUGUGUCCGAUUGGCGCUGCUGCCUGAAACGUACCUGCUGAAGAACGUUGCAUCGGAGGAGCUGGUGAUGUGCCACAAGGUGGGCCGGGAGAUUGUUGAGGACGCCGUGCGGUGCAAAAUGAGGAUCCUCCAGAAUGACGGUAUUGUAACGGGGUUCUGUGCCCGGCCGAGGAAGGUUAGCCAGGCCCUGCUUCUGCUGGGAGGGCAGACUUUUAUGUGUGAUAAAGUCUACAUGAUCGACAACAAGACCAAGGAGAUCACCCCCAAAACAGACAUCCCCAGCCCCAGGAAAGAAUGCAGCGCCUGUGCCAUUGGUUGCAAGGUUUAUGUUACUGGAGGGCGUGGUUCUGAAAACGGGGCCUCCAAAGACGUCUGGGUCUACGACACAUUACAUGACGAGUGGUCCAAAGCUGCACCUAUGUUGGUAGCCAGAUUCGGACAUGGCUCUGCAGAGCUCGACCACAUACUGUAUGUCGUGGGAGGACACACAUCCCUUGCAGGAUCCUUCCCUGCAUCUCCAUCUGUGUCUCUCAAACAGGUGGAACAGUACGACCCUCAGACCAACAAAUGGACCCUGGUGGCUCCACUCAGAGAGGGGGUGAGCAACGCCGCUGUCGUCGGCGCCAAAAACAAACUCUUUGCCUUCGGGGGCACCAGUGUGAACAGAGACAAAUACCCCAAGGUGCAGUGCUUUGACCCUUGCCAAAACCGGUGGUCUGUGCCGGCCGCCUGUCCGCAGCUGUGGCGCUACACUGCGGCGGCUGUGGUCGGCAACCAUGUUGUGGUAAUUGGAGGCGACACAGAAUUCUCAGCCAGCUCUGCUUACCGGUUCAACAGCGAGACGUACCAGUGGUCAAAGUUUGGCGACGUGACAGCCAAACGGAUCAGCUGCCACGCGGUGGCAUCGGGAAACAGACUGUAUGUGGUUGGAGGGUACUUCGGGGCUCAGAGGUGUAAGACGCUGGACUGUUAUGAUCCGUCAUCGGACUCUUGGGACAGUGUGACCAGUGUGCCCUACUCGCUCAUUCCCACCGCCUUCGUCAGCACGUGGAAGUACCUCUCAGCAUAGAAAGAGACGCGCUGACUCUUUGAGGUUUCCACGAUCGGCCAUGGUGUCUGGUAUGCAGGCAUGUGUCCCCCUCCGCUGGCUGCACAGAGGAGGAGGAGAAAAGGGAAGAGUUUGUGUGCUCCUGCUGUGGCUCCAUCCAGCCUGAUCCACAUUAUCUUCGGCUGCGGAGAAGCGAAGGCCCGACUCCUGGAAACAGCCCAGAGACUGGAAGUCUGCAGCCUCUUUCCACCUGAUCUGUUUACUCAUCUUCCUUGUGUAACUUUCCCAUGUAGCCGCUAGCCUGAGCUGGACUCGUUGCCAUGUAUACAGCACGGACUCCUCCAUCGGCUCUAUACAACAUGCAAAGUGCAGCCAGGAAACAGACUGAUAGCAUAGAUGUGUGCUGUGGGCUUCUUCACACCGUUCCACCUCCUGGGCUGAAUCUGCUUCUCUGACGGUAUCGGCCCUGCACUGGUCAACUGACUCACUCCAUCAACAAACAUGUGUGUCAUCUCUACAGUAGAUCUCCAGCUCUGUAAGGACGUAUUAGGGUCUGUCUUACCGACAUGUUUUACAGUCAGCUGACAUAGAAAGUCGGCCGUCCUUUUGUUGUGGUUUCUCUCCUCCCCUCCUGACACUGGGCGUUUACUCAGGUGUAAUUUAUUUGGACUGCAGAUAGGCUGAAUUAGACCUUUGCUAUGCCAGGAGUGUGGGGAAGGAGAGAAGACAUUUGUGGAAGUGUAUGAUUUUGUGCACAGAAACAGUCUUCCUGUCUGUAUUUUUAGACCUUGGACUUGGGCUUCCCUCAAUUUUGGUGAGCUAAAUUUGCGUCGUCCUCCUCGGCUUAAAAAUACACACUCGCAAGAGAGAAUGUGGCCCGUUACGGCCAAAGAAGAUACUUUUCUGUUUCAGUGUCAAACUAUGAUUUUUGUCAUGUUGUAGGGAUGGGAAUCGAGAUCCAUUGCAGUCAUAUGCCUCUGAGCUUACUGGUCCCAUUUAUGGAUGCAGAUUCCUGUGACUAAGAAAACCUAAAUGACCAAAUCAAACAGCAGUUAAGCAGCUUUGGCACACCUGGGUCAUAUGCAUGCUUUUUCCUGCUCUGCUUCUACAUUUCUACACUACAUCAGACUCAAAGAUGAUAAAUCGCUUGAAAAUCUGUGUGGGCCUACUUCUUUAUCCCACUCAGAAAACCGAUAAAGAAUGGGUGGAUAAAUGGAAUCGGUAACGGCAUUGUUAUCAAUAAGUUCUUAUCAAUUCCCAUCCCUAUUGUUUUGUGUCUCAGGGUUAUGUAUAGUUUUGUCUAUGUUUGUUCAAGGAAGGUUAACAUGUUUGUUUUCUGUCUCCUUUGUUUGUUUGUUUUUUUGGUGAAUGUAAUAUUUUGUGAUCUCAUUUUAGAAUAUUACAGUUUCAUUGUUUUGCCAAGUGAAAGUGUGAUCGAUCACGCGUCACAGCAGCGGUCAUAUUUCAUGCGUCAAUAUUGCCAAAACAUGAACAGCUAACCUUAGUGUCAUCCUGCUUUAAAGUAACAAACGUUAUGUGUCCAAAGUAGCUAACAGAUACUUAGAAGCUCUAGUAUUUUUUCAUUUUGUAUUUCAGGAUCUUUAAUGGAAAUCUUUUGUGUGUAUAGUUUGUAUAUUUGCUUUGUAAUUAAUUUGUAGAAGCCUUUGAUUUGCACAAUUUGUACAAAGAAAUCUCUCUAUGGUCUUAAUUUUGUAUCUUUGUCUUAACCCAGCUCGGGGUAGUGUUAAUAAUCAAAGCCUUUUUGUAGCAAAUUAUCAAGUCGUUUCUCUGCAUUUGCUCUGCGCGCAAGUCUGCGGCUUCCCCGAUAUAUCAAAGUAUAUAUCAGAUACACUGAUGUAUUAAGCUAUUACUGAUACACCAACUGUUACUUCAUGUUCUGCAGCUCAUAACUCGUCAAUAAAUAUCUU